GGACAACCCCAGCAGGCUCUGCGCGACCAACGGCCCAGAGGUGCGCGCGUGCGCGCGAGGACAUCGCUGGCUCCCGGGCUUCAGGUAUUCUCAUAUUUUCUAUGAGUAUCAGUCUCUGUAGUCUUCACCAGCAAUUGUGAUUUAAGCAGUUAGUAAAAGAGAAGAAUCAUUAGCUAGAAGAAAAUGUCAAAUCUAAAAAUGAAAGAGGCAGCCCUUAUCUAUCUUGACAGAAGUGGAGGCCUCCAGAAGUUCAUAGAUGAUUGCAAAUACUACAAUGAUUCAAAACAAAGUUAUGCUGUCUAUCGAUUCAAUGUUUUAAUAAAUCCCUCUGAUAUUGUUGAAUUGGAUGCUGAACUUGGAAAUCACAUUUUACACCAGCCUUUAAAAGCUGCUCAAGUUUUUCAAUCAGUCUGUUAUAUUGCUGUUAAGACUCUCUCACUAAUUGGACAGUUGCAGACUGAAACUCAAAUUAAUAUAGUGCUGAAGUUAACACAUUUACCUCCUCUGCCAAGUUAUUGUCUUGAUCUUUGUGAAUUUCCACGUGAUUAUACAUCUCAAAGAUUUUAUAUGAUGCAAGGAAUUGUGAUUGCAAUGACAACUGUAACCAAGUAUACACAAGGCGCAAGAUUUCUUUGUUCAGAUGAAGCAUGCCCUCUUUCAAAAGGAUUUCAGUAUAUAAGAGUGCAUGUACCUGGUGCUACAGAAUCUGCAACAGUAAGAAAUGACUUUUUGUGUAAUCUAUGUUCAUCUUCACUUCAAGAAGACAGAAAAUUUAGAGUACUUGGUGAUAAACAGAUAGUUGAAAUAAUUACUGCAAAAUCACUUCAUUCUUUUCAAGGAUGUUGUAACAACCAGCCAUUUAGGUUUCAAUCUCUUACAGUCUUUCUCAGAGAUGAAUCAGUGAAUAAAAUGAAUAUAGGAAAUGAGUAUAAGGUUAUUGGAAUUCCAGCCUGUGUGAAAACAUCACAAACUGCUAUCUGUAUAGAAGCAAAUAGUAUCACUUUUUGCAUUCCAAAAGUUCCUUCAGGAAUUAGUGACAAUUUCAGGUGUCUCCUCUCUCUGACUUCCAGCUCAUGCUGGAAGUUUACAGCAAUACUUGCCAACAUCUUUGCAUCACAGAUUGUUCCUCCUGGGACUUACAAUUUGCUCAAGCUAUGUUUGCUGAUGAGUCUAGUACAGACAAGUGACCAUAACAAGGAACUGGAAAAUUGCUUGGAUAUUUUAAUUGUAACAAGUGAUACUAUACUCAUAGACAGGCUUUUGAAUUUUAGUAUAAACCUUGUGCCCCGUGGUAUACGUCAUUCAGUCUCCACUGAAAUUUUCCCUACUCUAUCCAGGAAUAAGUAUGGAACUGGAGCAGUUAGCAUUCAAGCUGGCAGUGCUUUGCUAGCUAAAGGUGGUAUCUGCUUUAUAGGAGACUUGGCUUCACACAAAAAAGAUAAACUUGAACAGCUCCAGUCAGCCGUGGAAAGUAGAAGCAUCACAGUCUACAUCUCAGGAAAAAAGUUUGGGGAUGAUGUGGAUCAACAAAUGACUUUUCCAAUUCAGUGCAGUUUUUGGUCUUUUCUUGAUAUGGAUUCACCUUCAAGGAGAAAUAUACAGAAAACCAAUAUGCUAAUUGGUCAGAUGGAUUGCAGUUUAAUUCCAGCUAAUCUUGUAGAGGCAUUUGCAUUAUUGAUUAACUGCAAUGAAUCAUCUCCUUGCCACCCACUUCUUCCAACUGUGCAACAUACUUUAAAGAAAGCCAUUGAUCCUGAAGGGCUGCUUUAUUUAGCUUCCAAACAGUUCACAACUGAAGAUUUUGAAAAGCUGCUUGCUUUUGCAAAGAAUUUGAACGUGGAAUUCAGCUUGGAGGCAGAAAGAAUGAUUCAUGGCUAUUACCUAGCAAGUCGCAGAAUCAGAACAGAUUCUAUAUGUGGAUCAAAACUGUCAGCAUCUGCAUUAAAAUAUUUAGUUUCCCUAUCUGAAGCCCAUGCUCGACUGAACUUAAGGAAUAAAGUGCUUAAAGAAGAUGUACUAAUUGCAGCCUUAUUAUUUGAAACAUCUCUAACACUGAAAUAUGGGGCUGCUGUAUUUUGUGUUGCUCCAAAUGCGGUGUUUCCAUUUGAACAGUAUGAUGAAGAAUAUUUAGAGCAAAGGGAUGUCUAUCUGACUGAGUGCCAACAACAGCUCCAACAGUUUAUUGCCACAUAUGGACCUGGGACAGCUAUUUUUGCUAGUGAUGAAUAGGCAGUCUGAGGAAAUGUUUUUCUUCAUUCCUUUUUAAGCAAUGGAAAAAAGUGUGAAUGAUUUUGAAGUAAUGCUUCAGGCAAUCUUGUGUGUGGGGACAAUAGAAUGUACCUACAUUGUGUAGGAUAUAUUAGAAUGUCAUCUUAAAAAAUAUAAAAUAUGAUUUCUUCAAAUUGUUAAUGGAAUAAACACUAAUCCAAAUCUCAAAGCCAGCAGCAGAAAUUUAUAUUAGGAGAAUUUUAUUUAAAAAAAAAAAAAACAAACUUCUGGUUAACCUAGUAUACCAGUGGCCCACAGAUUAAAAUAUAAAUGUUACAAACUAAGAAAUGAAAAAAAAAGGUAAGUUUUGUGCUUUUGUGUAGUUCCUUCUAUUUGUCUCAAGAUGGCAGUAACACUUUAAAUAUUUACUUACAAAGUUAAAAUCAUUUUUUUCUUAAUUUGUGAACAUGACAAAUUGAUGGGUAAACAACAGCAUUUAUAUAACCAAAAGCCUUCAAUUUAAGGACUUUUCAUGCUUAACUAGAUAUUGUCAUGUCUAUUACAUUGUUUUAGAAACCCUAAUUAUAGGAUAAGAAAAAGCUUUGGAAAUUUUCCAUUUUUAAACCAGGUUAAAUUAAAAAAAAAGUAAGUUACACUGAAUUGAGGAUCAGUAAUUGGCUCCUUAAAGCGAGUUGCAAGAUACCAAAAUGCAAACAAACCAAUUUUCAAACCCUGUCUUCACUUUCAGAGGGACGGUGUCUACUCUGAAAAGGUAGGGACACCAUGAGAAAAUAUAAAAUCCGCAAAACCUUUUCAUUUUCCAGUUUUAGUAAAAGACUACUCACUAAAAGGAAAAUGUCAUCACAAAAUUGCCACUUUAUUAACCAAGACACUAUCACACAUCAAUUCUGUAGAAAUGGGUACUUUAUGGAGUUUAACCAUGAAGGUAGACAGCUCUCUCAUUCUCUAGAGGACUUGGACCCAUCAUUUAUUAUUUUACUUCCUAGCCGUUCAUUCAACAGUAUUGAUUGAAUAUCCAGUAGUGCCAGAGACUAUACAGUGUUUUCAGAAGGCAAACCUGGUCUUUAAAAAAAAUGUAUUUAUCACAAAUUAAAGACUUCCUUCGUGGUUUAUCUAUUUAGAUUUGUUUUUUGUUCUUUAUGAGAUGAAGGCAAAACACAUUUCUUAAUAAAACUAGGAUCUAUAAAAUGGCCUCCUCUUUACAAUUAAUUGUGAAGUGUUCAGAUUCUGUUGAUGAAAAGGACUAGUAUCAAAUACAGGUGAAAAUGGUUUUCAAAUGUCACCCCUGAUGGGAAGGCAUUAUAAAGAUAUUGCUGUACACUUUAUACUGAUUUACCAAACUGAAAUUAUAACCCUGAUAAAAGCAAGAAUUUUAUGUACUGUAGGACACAACAGGGGAAAAGCAAGAUUCAGAUAAAUUUAAAUCAUCUUGGUAGGAUUUCAGUUAUUUUCAAAUUCGCAUGCCCUGGACAGACUGGACCUCCACUACUUGCUUUAAUCGAGCAUAUUAUUACGUAUACUAGAAUUAGGAAAAAUUGUCAUUUCCCCUAGAUUAACUCCCAAAUCCCUUUUUUAUUCAUAAAUGUAAAUAAAAGCAAACCAAGAAUAAAAUUAAAAUUUAAAAAUCUGUAGGUCACAGGUGAAACCUUUACUUGUAAGGGGUCAUUUAAGGAGUUGAGAAAAUUUCAACUAGUAUACCCUUGAACACAGGUUUGAACUACGUGAGUCCACAUACAGGGUGUUUCUUCUUUUUUUUUCUUUC